GAGUCCCUGUCCCCAACCGUUUACGCUAUCUCUCAUUGUUCGGCCAGUCAUGUCGGACGAAUACCCAAGUCUGCUCCGUUCGGAGCAGAUGAGCUUGGUGCAGCUGUUCGUGCCGACAGAAGUCGCGCAUGACACUGUCGCUGAGCUCGGCGAGCUAGGCAAUGUCCAGUUCAAGGACCUCAAUCCCGAAGUCAAUCCUUUCCAACGCUCCUUCGUGGGCGAAAUUCGGCGCAUUGACGAGAUGGCCCGCCGCGUCCGCUUCUUCGCGACUCAGAUCCAGAAGGAACGCGACAAUGUACCCAUUCGUCCGCUGUAUGACUCGGCACCUCUAAUUACCGUUGGCCCGCGCGCGGCGCAAACGAUCGACGAGCUCGACGUCACGCUGGCAGAGCAUGAGUCGCGCCUCACGAAGAUGAACGACAGCUACCAGACGCUGAGCGACCGUACGAAGGAGCUCAUUGAGGCUCGCCACGUCCUGCGCGAGACGGCGGUGUUCUUCGACUCGGCUCACGACCAUGACCAAGACAUUCGUCAGUCGCUGGAUGACAGCUCUGCGCCUCUGCUUCAGCAUGAGGACCGCGAGAACCACGUCUCGUCCGGCAAUGUCUCCUUCGACCUGGAGUUCGUCGCUGGUACCAUCGAGCGCUCCCGCGUCCCCACCUUCGAGCGCGUGCUCUGGCGCGUUCUGCGCGGAAACCUCUACAUGAACCACGUCGACAUCGUCGAGCCCUUCGUCGACCCCGUCACCGGAGAGGAGACGCGCAAGAACGUCUUCAUCAUCUUCGCCCACGGUGAGGUCCUCCUCGCGAAGAUUCGCAAGAUCGCCGAGUCCAUGGGCGCGACGCUCUACCCCAUCGACGCCAACGCGGACAAGCGCGCCGACGCGCUCCGCGAGGUCACUGCCCGGCUCGAGGACCUGCAGACCGUGCUCUACAACACCGGCUCCAACCGCCGUAGCGAGCUUCAGCGCAUCGCCGAGAGCCUGCGCAGCUGGCAGGACGUGAUCAAGAAGGAGAAGAUGAUCUACGAGACGCUCAACUUGUUUAACUACGAUGUGCGGCGGAAGACGCUCAUCGCGGAGGGCUGGGCCCCGACGCGGGACAUUGGGACCAUCCAGAUGGCGCUCCGACAUGCCACGGAGGAGUCCGGUACCAACGUGCCGCCCAUUCUGCACGAGUUGCGCACCAGCAAGACUCCGCCGACGUUCAACAGGACGAACAAGUUCACAGAGGGCUUCCAGACCAUCAUGGACGCCUACGGUAUCGCUAAGUACCAGGAGGUCAACCCCGGCCUCUUCGCGAUCGUUACCUUCCCUUUCUUGUUCGCUGUCAUGUUUGGUGAUAUCGGGCACGGGUUCAUCAUCUUUACGGCCGCGCUGUUGAUGAUCUUGUUUGAGCGCAAGCUCGGCAGGUCUGAGCUGGACGAGAUCACGGGCCAGUUCUUCUACGGGCGGUACAUCAUCCUGCUCAUGGGCGUCUUCUCCAUGUAUACCGGCCUCAUGUACAACGACAUCUUCUCCAAGUCGUUGCACAUCUGGCACUCUGGGUGGCGCUUCCCAGAGUCCAAUAGCUCGGUCGUUGCCGAGUCGACUGGUCACGUCUAUCCCUUCGGUUUGGACCCCGCCUGGCACGAGUCGGACAAUGCGCUGGUGUUCACGAACUCGUACAAGAUGAAGAUGUCUAUUGUGCUGGGUGUUAUUCACAUGACCUUCGCCUUGUGCCUUCAAGUCCCGAACCACUUCAAGUUCAAGCGGACUCAGGACAUUUACACGAACUUCAUCCCGCAGAUGGUCUUCCUCCAGUCCAUCUUUGGCUACCUGGUGAUCUGCAUCUUGUACAAGUGGUCGGUGGACUGGACGCAGUCGGACAUCCCGCCGCCGUCGCUGUUGAACAUGCUCAUCUCCAUGUUCCUGUCCCCUGGCACGGUCGAGGACAGGCUCUACGGCGGCCAGUCAUUCGUGCAGGUCGUACUUCUCCUGCUCGCGGUCGUCUGUGUGCCUAUCCUGCUUGUGGCGAAGCCGUAUCUGAUCUGGAAGGAUAUGAAGAAGAUCCACGAGCAGGGCUACGUUGGGCUCAAUGGCGAUGAUGCGGACGGCCCGCCGCGCCUGAGCUCGGACGAUGCCCUUGAAGGGGAGGAAGAAGGAAACGGGCGUGCCAUCGUCGAGGACGCGGCGGAGGAACAUGAGGAGCACGACUUUGGGGAGGUGGUUAUUCAUCAGGUGAUCCACACCAUUGAGUUCUGUCUCGGGUGCAUCUCGCAUACAGCGUCGUAUCUGCGUCUCUGGGCGCUCUCGCUCGCGCACGCGCAGCUCUCGGAGGUGCUGUGGUCGAUGACCAUCGAGGAAUUCCUGCCCGCGUCUGGCUUGACGGGAUGGAUCGGCCUGCUGAUCGUCGCCGCCUUCUGGUUCGUGCUCACGGUCGCGAUUCUUUGUAUUAUGGAGGGCCUGUCUGCCUUUUUGCACGCGCUGCGGCUGCAUUGGGUCGAGAGCAACAGCAAGCAUUACGAGGGCGGCGGCUAUGCGUUUGCUCCGCUUAGCUUCGCGAAUGCGAAGGACUGAGGAAGGAUGGGCCGUGAAUACAUCGCCCUCGCACGUCGCACGUCGUUUGUAAGCGCGGUGGAGGGGGAUAGGCCGGAGCAGGGUAGAGAUAUGUCCCGUAGCGACUCUCACUCGGACUGUAGGCCGUUCCGGACUGGAUAAAUGCGAUUAUCGUGUGUUGUAGCGUUGGCGACGGGCGCGCUGUGGGGAGAGUCUGCUG